AUGGAUUCUGACUGGUCUGCCAUGCUGUUUCCCAAAACGCUCAACACAUGGGUGGAUGUCUAUGUGGGCCUUGUUAAGUUAGGACAAGAGGCCGAGAAGGCCGGCGGAAAGAGGAAGAAAAAAGACAAGGAUUUAGAUGAGCUGAAGAAGGAGGUGUCUCUGGAUGACCAUAAAAUAUCUCUGGAUGAACUGGGAGUGAGAUAUGGCGUGGACCUGACCAGGGGUCUGACAAACAAGCGUGCGGUCGAGAUUCUGGCUCGUGACGGUCCAAACGCUCUGACCCCUCCUCCCACCACACCGGAAUGGGUCAAGUUCUGUCGGCAGCUGUUUGGAGGUUUCUCCAUCCUGCUGUGGAUUGGAGCAAUUCUUUGUUUUCUGGCCUACAGCAUCCAGGCUUCCACAGAGGAUGAACCCGCUAACGACAACUUGUAUCUGGGCGUGGUCUUGUCGGCUGUGGUCAUCAUCACUGGUUGCUUUUCCUAUUAUCAAGAAGCCAAGAGUUCCAGAAUCAUGGACUCAUUCAAGAACAUGGUUCCUCAACAAGCGCUGGUGAUCCGUGAGGGGGAGAAGCUGCAGAUAAACGCUGAGCUGGUGGUGCUGGGAGACCUGGUGGAGAUUAAAGGAGGAGAUCGUAUCCCAGCAGACCUCCGAAUCAUCUCGUCUGCUGGCUGCAAGGUGGAUAACUCCUCUCUGACGGGGGAGUCAGAGCCGCAGACCCGGUCUCCAGAGUUCUCUCAUGAGAACCCUCUAGAGACCAGAAACAUCGGCUUCUUCUCAACCAACUGUGUAGAGGGCACAGCCCGUGGCAUCGUCAUUGCCACAGGCGAUCGUACUGUCAUGGGUCGUAUCGCCACGUUGGCAUCUGAGCUGGAUGUCGGCCAGACUCCCAUUAACAUGGAGAUUGAACACUUCAUUCACAUCAUCACGGGCGUGGCUGUGUUCCUGGGCGUGUCCUUCUUCAUCCUGUCUCUAAUCCUGGGCUACACCUGGCUAGAGGCAGUCAUUUUCCUCAUUGGAAUCAUCGUCGCCAAUGUCCCUGAGGGACUACUGGCCACUGUCACGGUGUGUCUGACUCUGACGGCCAAGCGUAUGGCUCGUAAGAACUGUCUGGUGAAGAAUCUGGAGGCUGUUGAGACUCUUGGUUCUACUUCCACGAUCUGUUCUGAUAAGACCGGAACCCUGACCCAGAACCGGAUGACCGUCGCUCACAUGUGGUUUGACAACCAGAUACACGAGGCCGACACCACAGAGGACCAGUCAGGUUCUGUGUUUGAUAAGAGCUCUCCCACCUGGUUCGCUCUGUCUCGUGUAGCCGCGCUGUGUAACCGUGCUGUAUUCAAACCAGGUCAAGACGGCACCCCCAUUCUUAAGAGGGAUACAGCUGGCGAUGCAUCAGAGUCUGCUCUGUUGAAGUGUAUUGAACUCUCGUGUGGAUCUGUCCAAACCAUGAGAGACAAGAACCCCAAAGUGACCGAGAUUCCCUUUAACUCUACAAAUAAAUAUCAGCUGUCCAUCCAUGAGCUGGAAGAAAGUCCGACUGGUCACUUACUGGUUAUGAAGGGAGCGCCCGAGAGGGUGCUGGACAGGUGCAGUACGAUUCUGAUUCACGGUCAGGAGGUUCCUUUGGAUGACUCCUGGAAGGAUGCUUUUCAGAGUGCCUACCUGGAACUGGGCGGACUGGGAGAGAGAGUACUGGGCUUCUGUCACCUCUCUCUCUCUCCGUCUCAGUUCCCUCGCGGUUUCACCUUUGACUGUGAGGACGUGAACUUUCCCACAGAGCAGCUGUGCUUCCUGGGUCUGAUGUCCAUGAUUGAUCCGCCCCGGGCCGCCGUCCCUGACGCAGUGGGGAAGUGCCGCAGUGCUGGAAUUAAAGUCAUCAUGGUAACAGGAGACCAUCCCAUAACAGCCAAAGCUAUCGCUAAGGGCGUCGGCAUCAUCUCCGAGGGUAACGAGACUGUGGAGGACAUCGCUGAGAGACUGAACAUCCCACUCAGUCAAGUCAACCCACGAGAUGCCAAAGCCUGUGUGGUCCACGGCUCAGACCUGAAGGACAUGAGCUCCGAGUAUCUGGACGACAUCCUGAGGAGCCACACUGAGAUUGUCUUUGCCCGAACUUCACCUCAACAAAAACUCAUCAUUGUAGAAGGCUGUCAGCGACAGGGAGCGAUUGUGGCCGUGACAGGUGACGGUGUGAAUGACUCUCCCGCCCUGAAGAAGGCUGAUAUUGGCGUUGCCAUGGGGAUAGCGGGCUCCGACGUGUCCAAACAGGCCGCAGAUAUGAUCCUGCUGGAUGAUAACUUCGCCUCCAUUGUCACCGGAGUGGAAGAGGGUCGGCUCAUCUUUGACAACUUAAAGAAGUCCAUUGCCUACACACUGACCAGUAACAUCCCUGAAAUCACCCCCUUCCUCCUCUUCAUCAUCGCCAGUGUCCCUCUGCCCUUAGGAACAGUUACCAUCCUCUGCAUCGAUCUGGGCACUGACAUGAUCCCUGCUAUUUCUCUGGCCUAUGAGACAGCUGAAAGUGACAUUAUGAAGCGACAGCCCAGAAACCCCAAAACAGACAAACUCGUAAACGAGAGACUCAUCAGUAUGGCCUAUGGACAGAUCGGCAUGAUCCAGGCUUUGGGAGGUUUCUUCUCCUAUUUUGUGAUCCUGGCAGAAAACGGUUUCCUGCCCAGAACACUGCUGGGAAUUAGACUGAACUGGGACGACCGCUCUGUCAACGACCUGGAGGACAGCUAUGGCCAGCAGUGGACAUACGAACAGCGUAAGAUUGUGGAGUUCACCUGUCACACAGCCUUCUUCACCAGCAUUGUGGUGGUGCAGUGGGCUGACCUCAUCAUCUGCAAAACCAGGAGAAACUCUGUCUUUCAGCAGGGCAUGAAGAAUAAGAUCCUGAUCUUUGGUCUUUUUGCUGAAACUGCUCUUGCUGCCUUCCUCUCCUACUGCCCAGGCAUGGACGUCGCCCUGCGCAUGUAUCCGCUGAAAGUGCCGUGGUGGUUCUGUGCUUUCCCCUACAGUCUACUCAUCUUUAUCUACGAUGAGGUUCGCAAGUUCAUCCUCAGGAGAAGCCCUGGAGGCUGGGUGGAGAAAGAGACCUACUAUUAA